AUGAUCAGUUUUGAAACCUUUUUAUUAUUAAAUGGUGAGACCUUAAAAUGCUAUUCUUUUUUUGAACAUGUGUUAAUAUAUUAUAUUUCAAAAAAGCUGAUAAAUAUUUUUUACGGGAAAUAUGGAAAAUAUUACAACAUUGAAAUAUGUUCAUGUGAAGAGUUAAGUGUUGAAAAUUUAUUUUAUUCGAAAAGUAUCAAUUUUGGUGAUUCAACAGAAGAAAAAAAGAAAGGGGAUAAGGAUAUAUGGGAUUUUUUUUCUCAAAUAAUAUUAAGGAAGACAGAAAAAAAAAAAAACAUAAAAACGAGUGCAAAUUAUAAAAACAAACAAAAUUAUAUAAAUGAUGAAUAUAAUACAACUGAUCGGAAUUUUAAUCUUUUUAAUAUAUGUAAAAAUGACAAAUAUGUAAAAAAUCAUAUUACACAUAAUAUUUGCAAAAAUUAUAAUUGUCAUGAAAAUAUGUUAUAUUAUGAAGAAUAUAAAGAGUUAUAUAAUGCUCCUGAAGUUAUAUGGAAUUAUUAUCUUUUAAAAAUACUUUAUUUUUUGUAUCAUAUCCAUUUAAAAAGAAUAAAAAAAAAAAAUAAAAUAAAAAAAUGUAAAUAUGAUAAGGAAAAAAUAUUCUGUUCAUUUUGUGCUUAUAUAAUAUCCCUAUUACAUUAUGAAAAUAAUAUUAUAAAAAAUAAAGAUAAAUUACUUUUUUUAUUCUUGUUUUUUUUUUAUUUCACAAAGUGGAAUUUAAAUAAUCUAAUAAAUAAAAAAUAUAGAUCUAAGAAGUUAUUAUAUCAUGAUGUCUAUUAUCAUCAUUACAAUAAUAUUAAGAAAAAAAAAAAACACAUCAAUAUUAAGUAUUGUAAAGAUUUAUAUGAAGAAGCUAUAAUCACACAUUUUUAUAAAUUAAAAUAUUUAGAUAUACAAAAGUUAUAUAAUAAUCAUUUUUUCCAUAUACAUAUAUAUCGAGAAAAAAAAAAGAAACCAAUUCUUAUUAUAUGUAAGAAAUCAUUAUAUUUCUUUAAUCACAUAUAUUUAAAAUAUUUAAGAAUAUAUAAUUAUUCAAAUCCCAUUUCAUUUAAUAUUGAAAAAAAAAAAAUUAUUAAAUCAAACUAUCAAAUAAAAUGUAUAAAUACUUUUAAAGAAUUGAAAAUGUUUAACAUAAAAGAUUAUACACUUUUAUAUAUUAUACUCAAAUAUUAUGAUAUUCAUAAUAAUAAUAAUAAUAGGAGACAAAAUAAUACAUUUGAAAUAUUAUAUAUAUUGUUAAAAAAAAUAAUCACACAAAGAUAUUUUAGUAAUAAACUUCAAUUCUUAUUGAAAUCAUUUUUUUCAAUCAACCAAUUUAAUUUUAUUCCUACUCUUAUCAAACAAUAUUUAAUACAUUUUAUUUACAAGUUUUUCUAUUGUCAUCAUGAAAAAAAAAAAUUUCCAUAUGUUUUACCCACUCUGACUUGUAACCCUUUGAUGUUAAAAUUUGAACAUGUUAAAAGUUGUAGAAGCACCACAACUAAUAUAAAAAAAAUACAAAACAGAACAAAAUCACAAGCAGCAAUAAUGCAAAAAAAAAAACCAACAACAGUAAUAACAACAUACAAAAUGAUAUCAUAUAAUUGUAAAAGGAAAAAAAAGGAUUCAUAUAUAAAACUUAUGUACUAUACCACAUUAUGUGUUUACAUGUCUUUAUUACAUAAUAAUAAUUACUACAACUUCUAUUACAUUCUUGUAGAUAUUUUAAAAAAAAUAAAAAGUGACAUAUUUUGCCAAAAAAUACAUCAUUUCUUUAAGGAGCUAGCCAAAAUUGAUCCAAAAUGUCAAUAUAUAUGGAAUGCCAAAAAAAUGGUUUUUUUUAUAUAUCUCAAAAUGUAUAUAAACAAAAGUAAGUUUAUUUUACAAAAAUAUAAGAGAAAAAUGAAAAAAAUGAGAAAAAAAAAAAAAAAAAUACACACAUAUGUUUUCCCAUCUUGUAAUAAAAUAAAAAUAAAAGAAGAUAUAUCUAAAAAGAAAUCAUAUAAAUAUUAUUUAAGUCCAAACAAAUUAUGGUCAUUUCAAAAUAUAAGUAAUAUUAAAGAUUAUAUGAAAGAGAAAAAAGAAUGGUACAAUAAAAAUAUAUAUAUAUAUAUAUAUAUAUAUAUAUAUAUAUACAAAAAAAUAUGUAAAAAUAUAUAUAAAGUUCUAAAUGUUCAUAAUAAAAAUAAUAAUUUUAUAAUUUCGAAAUAUACACCUAUACAUUUCAAAUAUACAAAAAAUUAUAUAUUUGAUUUAUAUGCUCAUUUAGAAAAUAAAAUGGUAAAAUAUAUACAUACCAAUUUUGAUUUUUUUAUUAAAAUAUUAGAAUGUAAAACGUACAAUUAUAUGGCUGCUUCACAUGUUUUUACAUUUUAUAAUAUUUUGUCAUAUUAUUUAUUUGAUAUAAAAAAAAAAAAAAACAAAAGGGAAAAAGAUAGUUAUUACAUACCAUUUCAAAAUAAAUCUAUAAAAUAUAUGUUCAUUACAAAAUAUAAAAAUGUCUUACAUAAAAAUUUGUAUUAUUAUGCUUUUCAUUAUAUAUUUCUUCUUCUUUAUAUUAAAAAAAUAUAUUCUGCUGUCAUUUUUUAUUUAGAAAAAUAUUUUCAUGUAAUACUUAUUAAAAAUAUGUUCACGUAUCAUUUAAAUUGGCUAGCUCCCACAAAAAAUACAAAAAAUACCAAAUAUACCAAAAAUACCAAAAGAAAUAAAGAAAAAAAGGAUAUUAUAAAAAAUAAUUAUAUACCAAUUCUAUAUAAAAUGUGUAUAAAUGAUCAACACAUUAUCAAUUGUCAUCUCAAGGAUAAGAAAUAUUCAAAUAAUAUCAAAUCGUUACAUAUAACACAAAAUCAAAAUUAUGAUGAAAUAAUAAAAAAUAACUCUGAUAUUAAUAUUAAUCAAUGUGACAACACAUUUUAUUAUGAUAUACCCACUUGUCAGAGUAAAAAUAUAAGAAAUAUUCAUAAUUCGUCUUAUCAUUUAAAGAAUAUUAUAAAGAAUAAUCAUGUUCUGUAUGUAUAUAGUACAUAUUUGCAAUUUUUCUUAUUAUGGAGAAAAAAAAAAAAAAAAAAUUAUGAAGACCAUAAAAAUCAGACAUAUUUAAGACAAUAUAAUGUACCACUAUUCUUAUAUAAAAAACUAAAGAGAUUUUCAAGAAAUUAUAAAAUUAUUUCAAAUAAUAUGAUAAAAUUAUUAAACGAAUAUUAUAGUGAAAAUUGUUAUAUACAUAUUUAUUCAACUACUUUUAGAAAUAUCAUAUAUUGUUUAUGUAACUAUAACUUUUUCAUUUGUCAACUCUUUUAUAAUUUAAUUCUUCCUUUAUUAUUUACAACAAAUAAUUAUCACACAACCUUUUUAGGCAAAGAGCAAGAAAAUAAAUAUUUAUAUACACAUAAAAAUACAUCCAAACUCUUUGUUUAUUAUGAUAAUUAUUUUGCUAAGGAAUUAAAAUAUAUGAAAAAAUAUUACAACAUUAUAAAAAUGAAAUAUAAAGAACAAACAACAAUAGGAAAUAAUAAUAAUAAUAAUAAUAUAUAUAUAAAUACAUAUACAAAUCAUUCAUUUAAUAGCAUAUUAAAAUUUCAUAAUCAAUAUGUAAAAAAAAAAAAAUAUAGUGACAAUGUUUUAUUUUUAAUUAAUGAAAAAUAUCAAAAAAAAAAAAAAAAAUGGAUUUGUAAUAAUUUCCAUAUCUAUUCCAUAAAUAAUGAUAUGAAAAAUUAUACCACAACAUCUACUCAUUAUAGUAUUUUAAUUUCAUAUAAUAAGAUGCAAACAAAAAAAAAAAACAAAAACAAAAACAAUGAUGGAAUAAUAAAAAGUUAUCAUAAAAAUAAAACCUUUGGGUAUAUCUACUUUAAAAAUUAUUGUCAUAUAUUUUUUAAAUGUAUAAUUAAUCUAAUACAUGAAAACUGUUUAUAUCUAUACCAUAUAUUAAAAAAAUAUUACACACAUAAUUCCAAGGAUAUAACAAUAUUUCAAGCAGAAAAAAAAUUUGUACAAAUGGAUCAUUACGAUAAUAUAAGUAAAUCUACAUUAAAUUUAGAAGAAUGCUGUAAUUUUUUAUAUAAAAUAUAUUUAGAUAUUUUUCAAUUCUUUAAAAUAUUGAAACAAAAAAAUUUUAAUUUUUUUUAUGUCCUACGAGUAUUUGCUAUAGAUUCAUUAAAAAAAAAAAAAAAAAAAAUUUAUUUUUUAAAGUUUUUUUUUUCUAUACAUUUCCUUAUUUUUUUAUGUGAAUAUACAUACAUUUUUUCUUCUUUAAAAGAAAUAUAUAAAAUAUUAAAAUUUGUAUUUAAUAAAAAAUUUUAUAUCCCUAUAAAUAUAUAUAUACAAAGAAAUUCAUUUUAA